AUGGCCCAGUCGUACUUGGCCGUUCAGCUUAACGCAAAGGUCCAUGAAAAGGACAUAGAUCUUGACAUAAACAUCAUUGCUGAGCUACCUAAAGACUCUGUUAUAAAGAGAUGCAGAGGGCAUGGAUCAAGCAACUGGGGUGAGACCGCCCGGAUUGAUGCAGAGGCAGACGGCGAAUCGAGAUCGUACUUUCUAAAACGGAUUACAGGAGAGAAUGGCGAGCCAAUGCUCCAUGGAGAGUUCGAGUCGAUGCGUAUGAUUCAUGAUUUAGUCCCAGAACAUUGUCCCAAGCCGUUGGCCUGGGGGAAUUGCACAGAUCCCAACGUUCACUACCUUUUAUUCCCUUUCCACGAGUUGAAGAAAGGGCGGCCAGAUGCUCACCGUCUGGGUCAUGCUGUUGCCGAGCUCCACACACGCAGUAUUUCUCGCAACCCUACAGGCAAAUGGGGGUUCCACAUGACGACGUAUAAUGGACCGCUUGCACAGGAUAACACUUGGACGGGGAGUUGGGAGGAGUUUUGGAUCAGGGGCAUGAAGAAGCUGUUCGAAUUUGAGGAGGAGGCGAGAGGGCCGAGUGAGGAACUACGGCAACUCAUCAAGCCGUACUUCGAAAAGGUCUGCCCCAGGCUGCUUCGACCGCUAGAGUCCAACGGGAGACACAUCACGCCUGUCUUGAUCCACGGGGACUUGUGGGUUGGAAACACGGCUGCCCAGGCAGAAACGGAGGAACCCUUGCUGUUUGAUUCUGCUGCCUUGUGGGGACACAACGAAUGUGAGUCAACCCGAGCGUCUCCCGUACAAAGGGCGUGUGCCUGUCGACUUACGGGGUUUCCAGAUGAGCUCAGUUACAUGCGUCCGGGUGCCGAUGACUGGAGCAGAGAGUAUGUGGAAGCUUACCACAGGCUGAUCCCCAGGUCAGAGCCACAGGAGGACUGGGAGGCCAGAAAUGCACUUUAUGCGACCCGAGUGAUUGUUGUAGACUCGGCAAUUUACGUCGAGCAUGAGCACUUCAGAAGAAUCUUGAUCGAGGAGAUACGCAAGCUGGUAGAGCUAUUCCCCGACGGCUAUCAAGAGGAAAGGGAUGUCAAUCCCGCAAUCAAAUUUUGA